AUGGAGACAAAAGGUGGAGAAGGACAGUCCUGUGAAGUGGCUGCAACAUUCGAAGCUUAUGUUACAAAAGUUCACAAUAUUUUUGAUCCUCAAAAUCACUGUGACAGCAGUAGUACUCCAGAGAGGUGUGAGGAGAUGAGUGAAAAACCCAAAAAGAAGAAAAAGCAAAAGCCCCAGGAGGUUCCUCAGGAGAAAACAGAAGACCCAUCUAUCUCUUUCUCCAAACCCAAGAAAAAGGAAUCUUUUUCCAAGGAGUUGUUGAUGAGUAGUGAUCUUGAAGAGACCACUGGCAGCACCAGUCUUCUCAAGAGGAAGAAGUCUUCACCCAAGACAGAAACAGUUAAUGACCCCAAAGAGGCAGGCAACAGAAGUGUCUCCAAGAAAAAGAGGAAAUUCUCCAAAGAGGAGCCUGUCAGCAGUGGACCUGAAAAGGCUGCUGGCAGCAAGAGCAGCUCCAAGAAGAAGAAAAUGUUCCAUAAAGAAGCCCAGGAAGAUUAGAAUGCAAAUGGACA